CCUUCCUUUGCAUACAAGGAUACAGGGGCUUGCAUGGCAACAUGGAGAGGAGGUCAUGUUGAAGACACGCAGCGAGAAAGGGGGAGAGAGGAAAAAGGAACAAGACAGGAGAAACUGAGAGGAGCAUCUGAGAGGGUAACUGCCUGUUUACUCACUCUUUCCUUCUUGCUCCCCCUCCUGUCCAUUCACUUCCACUCACAGCACAAACGUUCAGGCAGCUAGGUAGACACAGCGGAGCUCAGAGCUCUGAGGGAUGGAUAAAAAGGUUCCCACGUGAAAGGCAUGAAUCCACAGAAGAAGAGGAGAGUGAGAUAGAAAAAGAGAACCAGAGAGGAAAGGAGAAAGAGGAAAGGAAAGGGAGACAAGAAAGGAGCAGAUGGACUCUACACAGAGGAAAGGAAGCGGUGUGAAGCUCACCAAGCAGCCGUGACAGAGAGGUGGGAAUAAGAGCAAACAUGAACGCCGGAGGGAUGGAAGAAUGGACUGAAGAGACGUGAAGGAAUAGCAGAGAAGAGGAGCGAGUGUUUGUGGGAGAAAGAGACAACACAGAAGGGAAACAGGAAGAGAGAGAUGUGGAACUCACACUGUCUGCAACCAUGAGAGAAUGAGUCACUGAGAGAAGAGCUGAGAAAAAAAGAAACCGAGAGAGAGUGAUAAAAUCAAAAAGGAAGUUAAAACCGAUAGGCCAUUAUGGGGAAGUACACAGGUCCAUCCCAUACUUUGGCCAUCCAAUCUCCUGAGGGCCCAGGGGACACAGCAGGUGGAGAAGGAGGGGCCGCCAAGUAGACAAGCCAAUGUGAUGGACACAGAAAGGAUGGACAGGCUGCAUUUUCUUCCUUCCUGCUUAUUUGCCGGGAACCUCUCUGGCAUCAUCAAGAGUUUGUCUCCCUGGAAAGUUAAAGAGAAAUAAGAAGCAAGAAGUGCACAACUUCAGAAGACAUGGGAGAGUAUGGACACAUCUCACCUGCUUAUUCUAAAGAGUAUUUGAUGCUGCAUAUAUUUAUUUUUGUACAAUGGUAAGAUAAAUGCUAGAGGUUAGCUUUUAUCAUACUGAUUUUUUCCUUGGUGUGCUUAAUAUUACUACUCCUUGAACUGUGAAUACAGUAAUCCAUCCUUUCUAAAGGAUAGUCUUAGUUGGAAAAGAAAGUCAUUGGUGUAUACAUUUGAGAUAACCUGAGCAGCUGCACACAAUCCUAUAAAGAAGUUUCUCUUAUAAAGUAUGUUCUGUGUCAAUUGUACAGAUCUCUCACUGUUAUAAUGAAUAUAUAGUAAGGGGGAGAUCACUUUCCUUGUUGACGCACUGACACAACUAGGCCUUCACAACAUCAAACUGCCUGCGGAGCCUGUGGAUGUUGGGAGAGCGAGAGAGACAAGAGAAAUGGUGAGCAAAGAGCCCAACCACUUGCUUACAGGCCAAACCAACGGCAAGAGCACCUUGGCGGACAAGUUGCCUGGGACAAUGACUGUGCGCUCUGUGCUGCUCAAUCGAGACUCCCCAGAUAUUGAGAGCCGCCUCAAGCGCCGCCGCAACCGCACCCACCAGGUCCGCUUUAAAGACCUGGAGGAUGGCAGCAGCAGCAGUGGCAACAGUGGAACAGGAGAAAACAAUAGCCAUCAGAAGCCUGCCACAAAUUGUGACAGCCCACAUCCUCUUCGCAAACACAGCAGCAGGUCCCCCAAGCCAUGGACUGACAGGGAUGGCCCACGGAUUCAGAGUUUACCUGGCCAAACCUCUGUGGUGGGGGCUGUGCGUGGGGACAUGGCAAGUACUAUAGAGGUGGUGGCUGCUUUCUUAGCCAGGGCCCCUCCUCAUCCAUUGACACCGGGCCCUACACGUCGAUGCUGGGCACCACCACAGACUAACUCCCUAACCUUGCCAAUGACACGCAGGGCCAGUACGAGCACCAGCACAGCAAUCCAGACCUCCCCAUGCCUUAAAAAGCCCCAGUCCCUCUCUACCGCCCACACACAUAGCCACAGCAUCGGGGACUCAGUGGGCAUGGAUGGGGAUGAUGAGCAGGACUCUCAAGAUGAGUACCUUGCGCACAACCAUGUGUUGGUGCCUGGGUCCAAGGAUCAGAAUGGUCCUCCUGGGCCUGGGGAUCCAACUGUGGUGGAACGGAGGUCUAAAGCCUCCAGGACAGACAUCAAAUCAGCUGUUAGUGUGGUAAAAAGCUCCAGGCACAGCUGCCCCCCUUCAGUGCUUCACAACACUGAGCCAUUUCACUGUUCCUCUGUGUCCUGUCGAGAUGGCGCAAAGCGUCAGGGAAGCAGCACUCCCUCAGUGGUCAGGAGGAGAAAGCGGCUGAAUAGGACAACAAGUGAUCCUGGAAAGGAAGUGCACUUUUGCACCACUCUCACUCAGACUGAAAGCCCCAGUCCAUCCCCGCCACCCUCAAAUACCAAACUCUGUACCACUCAAGUUCAAACUGAGAGCCCUUUCCCACCUCAAAAUUCAAAGUAUUGUACCACCCAAAGUCAAACUGAGAGUCAACAUAAAUGUCUACCUUUGAAUGACAAACAAUGCACAACUCCAAUUCAAAUCUCCAACUCUCGCCCAACCCUACCUCCAAAUGCGGAACAGUCCACCACUAAAAAAACAGACUCGCCUUGUCACUUUGUCACUCCAAAUCAUGAACCUUGCACUACCCAGACACAAACUUGCAGCCUCUGUGCUUCCCCACCUCUGACAAUAUCACUGAGUGAAAUGCAAAUUCAAUCGGAGAGUCCUGUAUCCCCAACUGUGACUCAAGACCCUCCCACCACCCAAAUAACUACUGUGCCUUACUGUUCCUCUCACCCACCUACAAGUGCACCAACACAGACCCCGGAACACUGCGCUAAACCACCUUGCUCCUCUCCAGCCAAACCAGUUUGCACCACCCCAUCUCCACCCAUAGCACUGUCCAUUCCUUGCUCCACUUCUGCACAUACGGUCGUCCAACACCCUAUCCCCUAUUAUACCGUUGUGUCGCCACCAACAACACCCAGCACAGCUGUUGUCUGCUCCAGUCCUUCCUCAACUGCACCAUCAUGCCCCACCCAAAUCUGCACCUCCCCUAUCUCAAACAUAGUAUCAUCAGCUCCCCUAACCUGUUCCACCCCUACCGAGACUGUAACCCCCAAUAUAACUCCCUUUGACCCCAUUAGACAUCCAACCACUACCCCAAACGUAACACAUCAGACACCACACAAUGCAUCAAACGCUCCACCUCCUACAAAUUUAACACCAUGUACAUUUGUAACUCAAACUGCCCUGUCAUGCACUUCCAUAUCUUAUUACUCUACUACACAUUCGGUUAGUCACCAUGCCCCUCACCCUAAUUCUACGACACCUUCUUAUGCCACUCUCAUACAAACUGUGUCUCAUUGCAACAUCCCAUGUCAAGCUCUGCAAAAUACCUCUUCUUCCAUCACAGGCAUAACCCCCUACUCCUCCCCAGUCCCCAAAUUAAAAUCUUGCACUUCUCUGCCUCCACUUGUGAAAACAUAUGCGUCCACUCUUCCUAAUGCACAACAAUGUGCUACACCAACUAAAGCUGUUCCUCUUUAUUCUUCCACAUUUCGUGCUGCACCACCAUACACGCCCCCCUCUCAGGCGCCCUACAACGCUCAGGAUAAGAGGGGCAUUCGACUUCCACCUCCUCCCCCGCCACCUCCACCUUACACACCACGCAAAAAGGGAAGUGAUCCACCAGGUCCUGUAAUCCGAACACCCAUGCUCAGGGCAGACAGCAUGGCCAACAAGAAGGAUAAAGAUGGGAAGAAGGAAAAAAAGGAAGAUAUAAAAUGCACAAACUCACCCAAGCUCUGUGAGAGAGCCAGCUCUCUGAAGCACAGAGCUGAAACUCCUCCAGUUGCUGUGAUGAAGGGAGAGAAGCAGUCCUCCUCAUCCUCAUCCUCUCCUGCCAAGGCCUGUUUUAAGUCCAGUUGUCUCAGCUCAGCCCAGGCUCAGCUUGGGGCACUACACAAAAUGCUUUGCUCAGGACCCAACGCCAGGCCCAACACCCCAAACAGCCAACAUCCUCUCCCUCCAAACCAGCAGGGUUGCUCUGGAGCCAGGGGCUGCUGUGCUUCUGGGGAGCGGUCUACAGUUGGGCCCCUGACUGCCACCCAGGCUGACACACUAAGACAGGUCCAGGAAAUUCUGGGAGGGUUGGUGUCUGGGGCCAGGUGUAAACUGGACCCAUCCCGGGUGACAGAAAAGCUCCUGGGUCCAAACGGACCCCUGCAUGACAUUCGUAGCCUGCAGACACAGCUCCACAGCCUGGAGGGGGUCCUGGAGACCAGCCAGAACACCAUUAAGGUCCUGCUGGAUGUCAUUCAAGACCUUGAGAAGAAGGAAGCCGAGAGAGACGGAAGACAUUCAUACAGGACCGGACAGGACAUUGAAAACUGUGGGACCUGCAGGGACUGUGCCUGCAUCAUCUACAGGUAUGCGGAUGGAUGUGUCCUCCUUGUAGAGCAUGACUUUCGUCUGCAGGAAGGGCAAGUGGUACGCACAUGGAAGGUGGGUGACCCUCCUGAGGGAUUGCCACAGACUCCCACUCCCCAGCACUCUGAACCACACCAACAAGACUCCCCUCAGCCAGUGCGACCACCUGCCACCAACAAGAAGAACAGGAAGAAAUGUUUCUGGUUCCUCUGAGUGCUGGAGGACAUAUGGUACUAUAUUGCACUGCGUACCCCCUAAAAAGAACUACAAAUGAUAAACUGUGGAGAUUUGAUUAAAAGACAAGUGCGGAAUGAAUUAAAGAAUUAAAAUGCAAACAUGAAACUGUGGAAG